AGGUGGCAGAAUUUUCCAAUUUGAUAGAUGGGAUGGCGCUUACACAUGUAGCUAGCUAGUUAGUUAGCUAGAGUCUAACUUUUGAUUUGCAGGUUAAAUGGUUUUUUUUCCAUAAUGGGGAAGCGGGAUAAUAGAGUGCCAUACUUGAAUCCAAUUGCUGCAGCCAGAGCCAGAGGACCUGCACCCGUCACAGGUCCAACCAUACAGGAUUAUCUCAGCAGGCCUCGACCAACAUGGGAGGAGGUGAAGGAGCAGCUGGAGAAGAAGAAGAAAGGCUCAAGAGCCUUGGCUGACUUUGAGGAGAAAAUGAAUGAGCGAUGGAGGAAGGAAUUGGAAAAAAACAGAGAGAAGUUACUUGGUGGAACUGAAAAGAAGGAAAAAGAGAAAGAUAAGGAGAAGAAGGAGAAGAAAGAGAGAGAAAAAAAAAAGAAGAAGGAAAAGAAAAAAUUGAGUAGGCAUUCUUCGUCUUCUUCCUCCUCCUCAUCGAGUUCUGAUUCCUCCAGCAGUUCAUCAUCCGAAUCUGAAGAUGAGGGUGAAAGGAAGAGUAUGAGAAAGAAGCGGAAAAGAAAGCGUUCCUCAGCACGGAGAACAUCCGAAGAUUCUGCCGCCGAGUCGGAAGCAGACAGCAAAGAAUCAUCCAAGAAGAAGAUGAAGAAAAUAAAGGAAGAGGGAGAGAAGGAUAAGGAUGGAAAAGACAGUCAGAAGAAAAAGAAGUCUGAGAAAAGCCCUUCUGAGUCUUCAGACCAGGUCGAAUUAGAUGGUGAUGUUGAAUCCAAAAAGAAAAAAAACACUGGUGAAGAGAAGGAGAGGUCCACAGACAAAUCAAAGAAAAAGAAAAAGAAGAGGCAUAAGAAGCACAGCAAAAAGAAGAAGAAAAGGACGUCUGGAUCAGAGUUAGAUUAG